CGAUUCCAAUCAGCAUUCGUCCUUGUUUUAUGCCAUUUUCUCUCAAGUUGUCUCCGAAUUCGUUUCUUAUCAUUGAUUUCGUUAGUAUACCAGGGUGCCUUAGGGCGCAAUGUAAUUUCCCGGGAUUUAAUCGGUGCAUGGUUAUCUAAGAUAGUAUGAAGACAAUCAUACUCAUUCACCAAUGAUACCAAAUCCAUAGUCGUAAAAUUCUUAAGAAGAAAAGAAUUUAGUACAUCCGUUUUGAAUUUAUGAAUAUUAACCGCCCGCAAAUUACGAAGAAGCAAAUAUUUCUUCACAAACUUCGGUUUCCUAAUCAAUAGUUGUAAAUGCACAACUGAAUGAUCAGAAAUCAGAGGAUCGAAGAUGUUGUAAUGGUUAACAAUGUUUUCUUCAGAUCGCGUUAUAAUUAAAUCCAGUGUGUGACCACUUGCAUGUGUUGAUCCAGAAAUGUACUGCUUCAAAUCAAAGGAAGCGAGAAGAUCCACGAACCGUUUGGUAAGAGGGUCAUUAGGAUUGUCCAGAUGAAAAUUGAAAUCUCCAGCUAUCAAGAGUUGCCCGGGUGAUACAAUAAUUCCUUCCAAAAAGGAUGAGAACUCUUCAAAGAAUAGAGUAGAUGUCAAUGAGUUAGCCGAUGAAGGAGGCGGCCGAUAUACAACAAUAAUUCUAAUAUGUAAAAGUUCAAAAAAGAACUGUCAAGGUAUUCAAAUGACCUAAAUACCUCCUGUACAUUACGCUUAAUAUUAAGACUUUCCUUGAAUAAGAGACCAACGCCCCCACCGAUUGAUCCAUGUCUCGGUGUAUGCAGAAAACUAUAACCUGUUGGGCAUAGAUCCCCAUAGAUCAUAACCGACAAAUACUCCUUUCAUACACCUAGGGUCUAGUUUCUUAUGAUCAUAGUUAUAAAUGUAACACUCUGAGCCAAACACCCACAUCUUUGACAGGUCUGGUUUUCUUCCUAUCAUGCUAAAAUAGGGUGUACUCUUAGUCCUGUUGUUGUAACACCUAUUUCUAAUAUGAGCGGCAGUUUGGACGGCAUAUGGCUACAACAUCUUAGGCACACCACUCUCCAACAACAAACACCGAGCCAUUUCAAAUAGUGUCCGCCAGUACCUUUCCGCUGUUCCGUUCUGGUGGGGAGAAUUUGGACAAGAAGUUUCAUGCUUAAUGGCUCUUUUCCUAAGAAGAUCUUGGAAAUCACCAUUCAUAAAUUCUGUGCCAUUAUAUGCUUUUCCAAACGUGACAAAAAUAUCAAGUCGUUAGUGUUAUAUAUCAAGUCAUUCGUGUUAUAUAUCAAGUCGUUAGUGUUAUAUAUCAAGUCGUUCAUGUUUUAUAUCAAGUCUUCGUGUUUUAUAUCAAGUUGUUCGUGUUAUAUAUCAAGUCGUUCAUGUUUUAUAUCAAGUCUUUGUGUUCUAUAUCAAGUUCUUCGUGUUAUAGUGUUCUAUAUCAAGUUCUUCGUGUUAUAUGUCAAGUCGUUUGUGUUUGUAUGAAGUCGUUCGUGUUUUAUAUCAAGUCGUUUCGUGCGUGCAUGUCAAGAUGUCAGCUUGUUUACAUCAAGUUUUACGUUCGUGUUAUACAUCAAGAAAGGAGAAGAUAGUUUUUGAUCGGCACUAUUUUCACUCGAGGUCAGGGCUAUUUCGGAUCUGUCAGAGUACCUAGUUUUUUGAUCAGCAUGAAAACAUAUUCAAAAUGGCUGCGCGAAAUCGAUUAUAUAUUCCUACCCUUGAAGAAUUCUUUAACGAUUUUUUCAGCUAAUCCAGGAAUGUAGUAACUGUAUACAGGAAAAUAGUAACGGUAGAUUGGCAGAAUUUCUUGGUAGGCGCCUAGAGGAAAAUCAACGUUCGCUGCGCGUGAUGUACGGCAGACUCCGGGAUUUUCGCAACAACACACCUGGUCUUCUGAAUGACUUCGAACAAAUACUGGACGUUGUUAGUCGUAUAUUAAAGGGAACUUGGAAUUACUUUAUAGCAAUGAUUUUGGCGACGAGUCCAGAGAAUGCACUUUGUACGACGGUAAAUCAUGGCCUUGUUGGAUGACCUCGCUAAAAAGUCGCUAUCAGAGACAAAUUUUAAGAGUCGAGUUGGGAUUUAGAUGGGUAGACAUUGCUACAAUAUUGGGAAUAUCGUCCAGAACCUUGAACCGUCGUCGUCACGCAUUUGAUAUGUAAGUCGGGCAAGAUUACAACUUCUCAAAUAUAAGUACUGAAGAACUCGACAGGGUUGUUAGUGAAAUAUUAAUAAUAGAGAGGUUGAAGAUACCCCUGUUCUGGUUUACGGGUACGGGUGAUAUACACGUACCCGUACCCGUAAGUCGGGGAACAACUUGUAACUUAAGAAAUCCAAGAUAGUCCGGCGUGUGAAAACCGAUCAGAGAAUGGUAACUUUCGCUAUUUUCGCCAUAAAUUGUUGAAAACUUUGACGAGCAUAUGUGCAUUAUUUAUUUAGGUAAGAUGUUGAAAAUUUUUACUAUUUAAACGGCCCACAUAUAGUAAAAAGACAACACCCGUACCUGUUUGUCUUUUACGUGUAGACUUUGGUUUACCGCGGGGAAACGGGUAGAAAUUACGGGUAAAAAUGCUGACAUCAGCAAAAAUUGCUGAACAAAAUGGCGAUACUUGUACCCGUAAAUCGGAACCGGGGUAUCUUAACCUCUCUAUUGACACCACAGUUAGGCCUUAGCCUUGUCAGCAAAGACGGCGUGUUAUAAAAAUUCUACACAGACUUGUCCGACUGACAUACCAAAUUCGUGACGACGACGGUUCAGGAUUCAGGAUGAUAUUCCCAAUAUUGCAGCAAUGUCUACCCAUCUAAAUCCCAACUCGCCUCUUAAAAUUUGUAUCUGGUCUUGAGUGAGUUCAUAGCGAGGUCAUCCAACAAGGCCAUGAUUUAUCGUCGUACAAAGUGCAUUAUUCUCUGGGAACUCGUCGCCAAAAUCAUCGCUAUAAAGUAAUUCCAAGUUCCCUUUAAUAUACGACUAACAACGUCCAGUAUUUGUUCGAAGUCAUUCAGAAGAUCAGGUGUGUUGUUGCGAAAAUCCCGGAGUCUGAAGUACAUCACGCGCAGCGAACGUUGAUAUUCCUCUAGGCGCCUAUACCAAGAAAUUCUGCCAAUCUACCGUUACUAUUUUCCUGUAUACAGUUACUACAUUGCUGGAUUAGCUGAAAAAAAUCAUUAAAGAAUUCUUCAAGGUUGGGAAUAUAUAACCGAUUUCGCGCAGCCAUUUUGAAUAUGUUUUCUACUCUGACAGAUCCGAAAUAGCGCUGACCUCGAGUGAAAAUAGUGCCGAUCAAAAACUAUCUUCUCCUUUCUUGAUGUAUAAAACGAACGUAAAACUUGAUGUAAACAAGUUGACAUCUUGACAUGCACGCACGAAACGACUUGAUAUAAAACACUAACGACUUGAUACAAACACAGACGACUUGACAUAUAAAACGAAGAACUUGAUAUAGAACACGAAGACUUGAUAUAAAACAUGAACGACUUGAUAUAUAACAUGAACGACUUGAUAUAAAACACGAAGGCUUGAUAUAAAACACGAAGACUUGAUAUAAAACAUGAAUGACUUGAUAUAUAACACUAAUGACUUGAUAUAUAACACGAAUGACUUGAUAUGUAACACUAACGACUUGAUAUUAUUGUCACGUUUGGAAAAGCAUACCAUUAUCUGACCUCAAGCACUUUACCUGGCCAUAAAGUGCACAAUCGGCAAGAAACUUCUCAGUUGAUAACAGGGUGUCAGUCUUAUUUCUAAGGAAAUAUACAAAAAUGGCUCCAGAAAAAUCAUCAGUGAAUGCAAUGCAAUAUUUAAAACCAUUUUUGGACACUGGGCUAAUGGGACCUGCUAAGUCUGUAUGUACCUUUUCCGGCUAGGGGUUUUGUAGCUCGACUAUCUGGUGCUCUAUUUCUACAAUUUGCAAACUUCCCUUCAGUACAUGUACCACAUUCUAACUUGGACCUAUCUACCUUCCCUACAACUUUCAUUCCAGUGACUACAUUUUCUAGUUUCAUUAUAUCAUCGAAAUUGCAAUGCCCUAAUAUUUCAUGUCACUUGUAAAUAUUGCAUGCAAGACUUACCUUAUCAUAUGAACUACUUAUAUUGCUAUCAUCAUUUAGUUGAUUAACAGUGUUCAAAUAAUACAAGCGUUCAUGUUCCUCAAUAAUGAAAGUUGUACCAUCUUGGUAGACAAGUUCAUUUUUAUCUUGUGAGAACUUUACUUUGGCUCCAUUUGAAGUAGCUGCUCUAACAGAAAAUAUAUUCUGUGGAUACGUUGGUAUGAACAGUGCGUCUUUCAGAACAGCUUUCACAUAUUUCCCAUUUUCAUCAGCUAUUGAUACUUCAGCAUCUCCACGUUUCAGAGCCACAUUAUUUCUACGUGUCCCAUCAGCAAGUUCCAUGUAAUGCUUUGCUGGGUUAAAGCUACCAUCAACACGUUUCAAUACAUCUUUUGUAACAAUAUGAGAUGUAGCUCCAGUAUCAACAAGCAUCCCAUUUGCUUUGUACUGUGACUGCUUAAGGUGACUCCCUUGCACAUGAAAAGUGUACGAGUGUUCAUCCCCUGGGUCACCGGACUGGCCACCAAAUGUCGCUUGUUUUACUUUUGUAGCUUCUAGGCCUUUUCGUUGAUGUCUUCGACAGGUACUAUCACUAUGCGUUGUUGACUUGUGGUAUGAGCACCACUUGCUUGUUUCACUCUUAGUUUUGUCAGGACAAUCCUUCAUGAUAUGACCUUUGCGACCACAAGCAUAACAUGUGACAUAACUGGAUGCAGAAAACGAUGGGGACUCAGUUUUCAUUACUUGAUCAGUCUUUGGGUUACAUUAAACUUCUCUGUUUCUUCAAAGCUUUUCAGUUGAGACUUGAACAUAGCAAAUGUAAUUUCACUUGUACUUUGUGUAAUAUGGACAACAAAGGGUUUGUAUGAGUCAGGUAAACCUUUUAAUAUCAUGGCAAUAACAAGCCCGUCACUAAGUGUCUCUUUAGCGUUUUUCAGGGCCAUAAUCGAUCUUUCUGCUCGUAUUAGAUAGUCUGUCACUGUCUCGCUUGUUCCUUUCUCGAGUGAAGUGAGAUCAGUAUAAAGUGCUAUUAUUCUAGGUUUACCUUGGCUUGCGUAGUGGUCGCGUAAAAUCUUUAAGGCUUUCCUUCCAUCGCCAGCGGCAUCUCUCAUCACUAACGAUAGGCUAUUAACUCGGCGUAACUCUCUUCAUUUUUCGCUUCGUCGCCUUCUUCCUCAAGUGGUUCCGACGAUAGAAUUGUUUUCUUCAAUUUUAUGGUUUGCAAAUAACCGAGUAAUCUCGCUUCCCAAAGCUCGUAUUUCGUUUCAUCUCCGUCAAAUAAAAGUCUUUGCAGUUUAGCAUUGCUCCUGGGCCCAUAACCUGUUGAACUCAUUUGGUUUAUUUCGGUAUAUUUUAUUAUAUAUUAUACGUUUUAUAAAGGUUUUUGUUUUUACAUAACAUAAUACGAGACACACACACGAGGCAUCAGUGUUCUCCGAUCCCAUAAUGCUCUUCUCAUAGGAUAUGACGUAAUAUGAACAACAUGAAAAUAUUGCGCAACAAGAAAUGUCUGGAAAAAUUCAUGUCUUCGAUGUACUUUAUAAUCUUCGGAAUUCUGCUAGAUUUCACCUUCAAAAUGCUUGAAAGCGCAAUUCAGGGAACCUAGAUUUCAAUAUUUUCCCGGGGGUGCAUGCCCCCGGACCCUUCUAGACGGUCUCACGCCUUCGGCGUGAGGUUCGCCCCCCCCCCCAAAAAAAAAAUUAAGGUCGGCUACGCCACUGGUUAUAGCUGUACGAUUAUAGCUACAAAGAGUUGUUUAAAGUAAAAUAUAUUGUUUAAAGUAAAAUACAGCUGAAGUUAAUAAAUUAAAGUUUUACAAAAUCUCUCUUCAGACUCGCGCGUUAGCCAAACCUCGACGGCUCAUAUUUUUCAUUCUGCCUUUUUUCCUGUUUUGCCCCCCAGUGAAAAUUCCUUAAAAAGGCACUGUCGGGACAUUUGCGGCACACAACUGCUUGACAAACUUGAAUCUGCUGUUGUUCUUGAAACUCUUGGUUGGGAAACUUUAAAAGAUAGAAGACACAAGAUGAAGUCCAUUCUUCUGUAUAAAAUUCUAAACGAUUAUACUGUUCCUAACUUGAAAGAGUCACUGACUGGGAGUAUAGGUUCACGCAAGCGAAUUAUAAUUUAUGAAAUAGCUAUACUGAUUUAGCUCUCCCAAAACUGAGAAGGGAAUUCCUAAAAAAAAGUUUUAAAUACAGCGGGGCAAAGCUUUCGAAUAGCCUUUCUCGGGAGGCAAAAGAAGCACAAUCAAUCCAUACUUUCAAACAAAAUUUGACUCUUUUACCAAUGUUAAUGUUUGGGUCACACCUCUUGUAUCCAGCAUGCACUUUUGUAAAUAGUUUUUCUUUGUUUCUACUUAUUCUCUUGUAAAUAUUAAUACUUUGUAUAUAAAUUGACGACGCCCCUCAUGAAAACCAACUUAUGUUGAUGAGGCUAGCGUCUUGAAAUAAAUUUUUACGAAACGAUACGAUACGAUACAAAGUCCAAAGGUCACUAUUAUUAUUGAAGACGAAGACAUUUCGGCUUGUAAACUCAAUUCAAACUCUGAAGUAUCAACUCAACCAAAUCAUAUUUUAACCUGCAGUGAACUUGUAGAGAAAAUAAAGGAUUUAGAACUCGACUUUAACAUCAAAAUCAGUGCUUUAACGCAAGCUAAGAAGUAUCCAGUCUACAAGAUAAACGGGAGGCGUAUGCAAAUGAGUCGCUCCUUCAAGAAAAUCGAGCAUUAAAGGCAGGAUGAAAACAAAUCCCUGCUAGAAAGGGUCGCUAAUUUGUCCUUCAUAGCAUCCGAUUUAAACACCAAACUUAAAGAAUUUGAAAUUGAAAAACAGUCUUUAGUCACAGUCCUUAAGCUGGUUAAAUUAGACCAAAGUACCCAUGAUAAAAUUCUCAUGUGACCUGGAAAAUGCACCGUGGAAGCAUGAAUAAAGAUCAGCAUUUGUUUACUCGCAGAAAAGAUAGUGACGUUGUUACCAGAAACGCGUUUGAAGUCCAGAGUGAUAUGGGCUGUAAUGAAACCAACAUUUAUAAUUAUGACGACGGCAGAAGCAAAGUCGAUGACCCCAACCCUAUAGCAACUUCGCAACGAGAAUCCCAACGAUCGAACGCAGAUAAUGAGUCCUGAAAUAACAGAAUAUUACCUGCCAACAAGUCGACCAAGCAUAUAAACAAAAGCGGCAUGCUAAUGGUCAAGUAAUCAUGCAGAAAAAUGCAAAAGAUGGCAAAAAGAAAUUAGUCUUUAUUGCUGGCGAUUCCAGUGUUCAGAAUUUGAAUGGCUGGGAGAUGUCAAUUACCUACAGAAAUGUUGCCGUGAAAUAUAUCUUUCUCAGGAAGCAAAGUCAAUGAUAUGCAAGACUAUUUGAAAUCAUUGCUUCGUCGCAACCCACAUCAAAUAAUUCUCCGCGUUGGUAGACGGAAAUGAAAUAGUUCGCAUGGAUAGAGACAGACACAGUGACGGUGUCUGCUUUUACCGCAUUAGGCGGACCAUAGUAUAUUUAAAUUGUAGUGAUUUAGUACCAGAAAAUUUAGAGUCAGUAUAUGUUUGGAAAUUAACCAGCCCAACUCUCGUUCCUAUAUUAUUUCUACUAUAUUUAUCGUCCGCCGUGAGCAUCCGUCGAAACUUUCUCACAAAUAGAAACUUUGCUUAAGAAUGUCGAUAACGGGAAUAAGGAAAUAUAUUUAUCAUGAGAUCUAAACUGUAAUCAGUUAGACCAGUCCAACUCUUCUGCUAAACACUUACAUUCUAUCAUGCAACUUUAUCAACUUACACAAGUAAUCGAUAAGCCUACAAGAAUUAUUGACUCGUCUUCUACGUUACUUGACGUUUGUAUUACCUCCUGUCCUGAGCGAAUUGCAUUCCAUGAUGUAUAUAAUUUACAUGGGAGUGAGUGAUCAUAGUUUAAUUUAUGAAGUAAGAAAAAUUAAUGCAUAUCACAAACCUCACGCUAGCAAAUAUGUCGAAUUUCGAAGCUUCAAGCAUUUAAAUGUUGAGGAUCUCAAGGUCGACCUGAUAAACUUACCGUGGUAUUUAGUUCACAGAGAAACUGAUAUUGAUAAUAAAUGGGCAUUUUGGAAAAAUCAUUUUAUGACUGUUCUUGAUAAACAUGCCCUUGUUCAGGAAAAGAUGGGUAAGAAAUAAAACAUCUGUGGAAUGGAUUACUAGGAAUAUCAGAAACAAAAUGUUUGAAAGGGACCGUUUGAAAAGAAAAAAAGCAAAUUCGUCAGAUUUAACUGAAGACUAGCUGGAGCCAGUAUAAACAUUAUAGGAAUAUAGUGUCAACAUUGCAAUGCGUGAAGCAAAGAAAGUUUACUACAAAAGCAAAUUUGACAAAUAUCAAAAUAAUCCUAAACAGGCUUGGAGAACGAUUAAUGAUAUUCUUGACAGGAAAAAGAAGGACCCAACGAUUAACGAACUAAAGUUAGGAAAUGAUACAGUUACUUCUCCUCUGAGAAUGGCUAUAAUUGUCUUAAUAAUGACUACUUUACAAGUACUGGUGCGUAAAAUUGGAGACUCCUGCUCUGAACAUUCUCAGAAUUUAAACCGAUUUUGA